AUGAAUGAAUUAAUGUUUAGUUUGGAUGUUGAAUCACUAUUCACCAAUGUACCAGUAAAUGAAGCUAUUGAUUUAGCUAUUAACAUCAUCAUGAAAAAGAAAGGAGAAAAUGCCAAGUUCACAAACCUAGAUGUAAAAGAUCUAAAACAUCUAUUUGAACUGGCUAUAACUAAUGUUCCAUUUAGAUUUCUAGAUCAAUUAUAUAUACAGAGAGAUGGUGUCUCUAUGGGAAGCCCGCUGGCUCCUAUAUUAGCAGACAUCUUCAUGGAACACAUCGAGAAUAAAGUUGAACAAUAUCCGGAACAACAUAGAAUUAAGAUCAUGAAACGGUAUGUUGACGAUAUGUUCUUCAUGAUUGAUGGAAAGCAUGAUGAUAUCGAAAAGUUGUUGGAAUGGUUUAAUCAAUUACACUAUAAAAUAAAAUUCACAUGUGAAAAUGAGAAAAACUAUGAAUUACCAUUUCUUGAUGUCAAAAUUAUACGACAACGAACGAGGUAUGAAACAACAAUAUACAAAAAACCAACGCACACCGGUUUAUACCUCCACUGGAUGAGUUGUCAAGCACGGAAAUACAAAAUUGGUCUAAUUAAAACACUGACCAUACGUGCAAUCAGAAUAUGUUCAUCAACAAAAUUACUAAAAGAAGAAUGCGAACAUAUUGAACAAUGUUUAAUAAGAAAUGGAUAUCCAAAAAAUUUAAUUAAAAGAAAAAUUAAAUAUACGAUUGAACAAAAACAGCAGCAAGUUCCAACGAAAAUAAAGAGCAAGCUCUUUUAUACAUCGCUGACGUACUUUGGUAAUGAAACUAAAGUCAUGGCAGAUAAACUAAAGAAG